GAAAGCCGGACCUCCUCCCUCCCGGAACGAAACCAGGCGAGAGGCGUCGCGAGUCUCCGACGCGAAACUGGAGGCGGCGGCGUGCGAGGCGCGGCGCGAAGCGACGCGCAGCGGCGCGGCACGCUCUCCGCCGUCUUCUCGCCGAAUUGGUUCAGUUCCCUUGCUCCUCAUUCUAUCCAAGAAAUUAAAAUCAAAGGAGCUACCACCAGGCUACGCGAGAAUCAUUACGGCUCUUCCUCGACAAAGGAACACAAUUGCCUGUGAAGAAGAACUUUGCUGGAUCCAUUGUCGCCAAGCUGCGGUCACAUGUUGCCUGUGAGCUAGACUCUGCUCUUUCAUGGAAAGCUGAGUAUCAGCAAGGUACCUCGCCGUUCACAGUAGGCGCGAGUGAUGAAACCAGCUCUGAUUUUGAGCUCCUAAUACCUUCCCUGCUACCUCCAGCUCACGUACAUGAUGAUGCAGAUUAUAUAUCACGCUGCUAAUUUUGUUUAGCACUUAAAGGCAUGAAUACAUGUUAUAUGUGAUAAAUUUUGUUAAAUUGGAUGUAAUUUGUGCUUCUGCUGGACGGGACCAGGAGAAGCUCAAUGGUUCUCUUUCGCUUCCUGGACGUGUGAACUGGUGUCUUUAGCUUCCUGGAAAAAAAUGCAAUAUUAACUUAAUUAUGAGAUGAGUACUUGUAACUUAUACAUGAGAGCUAUCGGUUUAAAUUGUAUUUUUGCACGUUGGAAAGUCUUAUGCAGUGGUAUAAGAACUUGUAACUUAAACUUGAAUGGUGCCUAAUUUAAGUUUGUGUAUCUAUGCAUGUUCUUGGUCUAAGUGUUGUCUUGAAUCCAUGCCUGCUGAACAAGAUCAGCUGCCGCACGGAACCAUUCCUGCUGGAAUUAAACCGGGACCAGGAUCAAAUGGCACCGCACGGAACCACUCAAACCAGGUCCGGAACCAUUCUUGCUCCGGAACCAUUCCCUAGCUGCCGAACGAGGCCUUAGGGCUCUCAGCCCGGACCGGCCCGAAUACCGACCAUUUAUUUCUGUUCAUUUUUCAUUGAAACGGCCGGUUCCUCCAAAGGCCAAACCUUGAAAAAAGACAGUCACAAACGGGCAAAUUUAUCUUAGAUUUCUUUAGUUCAGUGUUGGCCUCAGGACACCAUAAAUUCCUUUUUUUAUAGGGCACUAGAGUAUAGGUAAAACAAAACAUCAUUAUUAUACACCUAGCUUGGCACCGAAUCCUGAUAUUUUCAAACAAUAUAAUCUCCUAUCCAAACAUUUCUUUUCGUUUUUCACUAAAUAAUUACAUAGCUAAAGGUAGUCCUUUCCCCUCAUCUAGUGUUCCCCAGAGCCCAGACUCAUCGCUUUUGUAGUCUUGGAGGCAAACUUGCCUUAUGCUUUCUAUGAUUGUUUUUUUUAUGUUUCAAGCAUCAAUUUAAAAACUCGAGAUAUCAAAACAAAUGAUUUCAGCUGAUUACAUUGGAGAUGUUUUUGUAAUCAUAAGAUAUUAACAUAUUUUAUAAGAGCAAAUUGCACUGGAUAUUUUAUAAGAUCUUUAAAGUCAACAACAUAAUUUCAAAAAAACAAACAAUGUAAUUGCAAAUAUAUGAAUAUUUGGAUAAGGCCAUUCCCAAUCCAAAACACUAUCAGUAGUUUCUAUACUUGUCAUGUCAUAUAGACAGUACUCAUAAAAACUAUAUCUCCAAUGGAUGAUUUCUUCAAAAUAAACUGUUAUCCAAUUAUACCUCUUCUACCUCUUUUCUCUCUCCAAUUCUCUCUUUUUUUUUGUCCUGGUUUUUUAGUAGACAUGGUUUCUUGUAUGAGCGGUUUCUUCGUAUUUUUUCUUGAGUAAAUUGUUCCGAAUUUUUGGUUGGGUUCCUAAACUCUCAAAUCGUGCAUCUGGGUCCCUAAACUCUGUUAAGUGUUUCAGCUGAGGUCCCAAACACGCCACACAAGCGUCUGAAGCUGACGUGGCGCCACAGUGGCAAACAUUUGCAAAUACACCCGUGCAUGUUUUUAUCUUCUCCCGUUUGCAAAUACACUCCUUUUCUCCCUCUCCAAUCUCUCUCUCUCAGUUUUUUCAUUCGCUCCUCUCUCUCUCUUCCGCCCGACCGGUCCUCGGCCCCGACACCGCCGCGCGCGACGAGCGGCAGCCAGCAGCUGAACCCCGCGGCCUCGGCCCUCAGAAGGCCCCAAGUCCUCGCCGAACCUCGAGAAGCCCCCGCCGGUCUCGAGCCCCCCGCGCACGCCGCUGCCAUGUCGGCGUCGUUGCCGCCACCUUGGGCUUGGGCGUGGUCGGCGGUCACGUCGGAGGGAGACCCGGAUCCGGAGUCUCCGCGCUAGGAGCAGACCUCUCCUCCCCUUGGUCACACGCGCUGCUCGCGGAGCUCGCCUGGGCGGCAGCUGAGCUCACCGCGUCGGCGGAUCUCGGCCUGCAGCUGUGCCUCCAUCGUCCACACCCCCACAGCUCCUUUCCCCUUCGUCCACCGCGCCGAGCUGCCAAGCAUGCUGAGGAUUGGGAUGUACGGGUUGGUACUGCAUGAGGAUGAAGCGCCAUUCACAGGCAAGCGGGGAUGGCGGAGGAAUCACGGCGAUGAGCAGCGGAUCUGCGACUGCCCAAUCGAAAGAUCCUAUGAGCUGCCAACGCACGAACUCUCACAUGCCUGUGCACUUCUUCUUGCGUUUCCAGUUUGCAGCAAUCACACGGAUCAAAGCAAGAAGCGUGUUGCCCAAUCGAGUUUGGCAUCGAAAGGAAUCAUGCUCAAUGCAGAGCUCCCGCACGACGGGCGCCACGCAACCCUUUUGGCCGCCUUCGCCCGGUGACCUGAGUCUGACUCCAACAAUCCUCUCCGCACCUUCCCGCCACGCCUCGUUUCCAUUUGACCGUCGCCCUCCGCCUCGUCCCUCCCGCCGGGCGACCUCCCUUCCACCGCACGCUGGCUCCCUUCCUCCGCGCCCCGAGGCCGCGGCCGCGUUGACCCCCGCGCCUCCUCCUCCUCCACCACCACCACCAUCGUCACCUCUCUCUCUGCCCCUUUACGUCCUCCCCAAGCCCCUUCAUGCCGUCGAAAGGCAUCUCCUCCCCCCCAUUUAGCGUCCACCGUCCACCGUCUCCCUUUCCCCACCGCCUCUCUCUCUACCUCUCUUCCUCCUCUCCGUCCACCGCCCGUCGGCCUUCUUCCUCUGCGCCGGCGAUCACCUUACAGGUGCAGUUUCCAUGUCAGUGGAGUUCAGGUCCGAGUGCGAUGACAUCGAGGAGGCCAAGUCCCCCAGCAACACGAGCGUUGCCGCCGUCGCCGUCAAGAACGCCGACGCCUCGGUCUACAAGAUCAUCCACGGCUACCUGAAGCAGAAGAACAACUCCAUCAUCAGAGUCGCCGCCAAUGUCGCCAGGAAAGCGGCUUCCAACAAGUUAUCGAGGAAGACCUCUGAUGUUUUCGACACCUUAAUUCAGCAGCAGCAGAGCAAGUGGGGAAACAAGACCGGGCCGUUGCUUUCCGGGAUUUGUUACUGCAUUGCUUCCUGCAGCAUGAUAUUGCUCAACAAGGUGGUUCUCUCCAGCUACAAUUUCGACGCUGGCAUAUCACUGAUGCUAUAUCAGAACUUUGUAUGUGUGGUCAUUCUUCUGAUACUCGAGCUCUUCCGUGUUAUUACAACGGAAGAACUCACAUGGAAGUUGAUAAAAGUUUGGAUUCCGGUGAACCUUAUUUUCAUCGGGAUGCUUGUAACUGGAAUGUACAGUUUGAAGUACAUAAAUGUUGCGAUGGUGACAAUAUUAAAGAACAUGACAAACAUUAUAACAGCUGUAGGGGAGCUAUAUAUUUUCAGGAAAGGUCACAAUAAGAAGGUUUGGGCUGCACUAUAUCUGAUGAUUGUAUCUGCUGUAUGCGGGGGCAUUACAGAUCUCUCUUUCCAUCUAAUUGGUUAUACGUGGCAAAUUCUGAAUUGCUUUCUAACAGCAGGCUACUCGCUCACACUAAGGCGCUUGAUGGAUACAGCUAAACAAUCAACAAAAUCUGGCUCCCUCAAUGAAGUUUCUAUGGUGUUACUCAACAACAUGCUAUCAAUUCCAUUCGCAAUCAUUUUGGUUGUAAUCUUUGACGAAUGGGAAUAUGUUUGUCAAGCUGAAGUUAUCAGAGAGCCUAUGUUCUGGGUUGUUGCAACAGCUAGUGGUUUGCUAGGUCUAGCAAUCAGCUUCUCUUCGGUGUGGUUUUUGCAUCAAACUGGUCCAACAACAUACAGUCUUGUUGGAUCUCUAAACAAGAUACCUAUCUCGGUUGCUGGUAUCUUGCUGUUCAAUGCCCCUGUAAGCGUCGAGAAUUUCUGUAGCAUAGUUUUUGGUCUUUUUGCUGGGAUAUUCUUUGCGAAGGCAAAAAUGUCCUAAAGCUGUUCUAUCCAAGUGUGGUUGUAACAUGAAAAUGUCCUGCGGCAGCUCUGCCUAUCAACUGUACAUAGAUAUGAAAGAGUCCAUUUUGUCACGAAUGCCGCCCCGUCGUGAAUUUUACAUUCUUUCUCUCCAUGCACAGGGUACGGGUACAGCAUAUGUGUGUAUGCCCUCACUCAGUUUUGUACUACCAUAACUAUGUCAAGGCAGAAAGAAAUCUGCAUGACUAAACAGCAACUGAAACUGUUUCAAACUCUCUGAUCAAGAAAUUGAGCAGAAUGUUUACACAGAAUAAAAGAAAAAAAUUAUGGUUCUGGCUUGGUUGUCCCCCAAUCAUUCUUCAGACAUUCAUGGCACAAACAUCAUCAAUCUUUAUACAAGAGUUUGCAGAGCUUCAUACAAUUUUUGGACUCGUUAUGUUGGGUUACUGGAUCUAUUCUGUUUCCCUGAUGUAUUGUAUUCAAUAAUCACAAGCCACUACUUUCUCCUACGAGCAAGAUCAGAGGCAUAUCGAACAUGAUCUGGUAGGUAAUUUGACAAUUUCAAUAAUCCAUAUGUCAUACUCGAUCAGUUGAAUAAAAAGAACAAGAAAUGCUGCUGCUGCGUGAAGUAUCAAGUAGUAUAUCACAUUAUGACAUAGAAAAAGGAAUCACUUGAGUUUUGAAAGGGGGAUCGGAGCCACCUCACACCACACGUAUAUAUGCGCAAUCAAUUUUUCCAAAGCAAA